AAUGCUAGCGGACGCGAGGACAAAACCGUCAAUGCAUGCCACACCCACACUGCCACCAGCCCACCAGUGCCACUGCCACCCUCUCUACUAUAAUCUCUUUCAGAAGCUCGUCACCACUCACCGAGCACUGUCGUCCACUCCCCGCGUCCCGCCCAAGCAAAAAAGCAAAGCCUGCAAUGGCAUCUGCAGCCACCGCCGUGGCGCUCGUGGUUGUUGCCGCCCUGGCCUCGCUGACGCAGCUGGCCGCGUCGGAGUGCUCGGCGGCGGACCGCGACGCGCUGCUUUCGAUCCGCGCGGCGCUGUCGGAGGAGGAGCGGCAGCUGGGCGUGUUCUCGACGUGGGCGGCGGGCACGGACUGCUGCGCCGGGUGGUACGGCGUGGCCUGCGACCCGACCACGGGGCGCGUCGCGGACCUGUCCCUCCGCGGGGAGGCCGACGACGCGGUGAUGGCGCCCGCGGGGCGGCCCGCGUCGGGGGUCAUGUCCGGGUACGUCUCCGACGCUGUGUGCCGCCUGGACCGCCUCUCGACGCUGGUGCUGGCGGACUGGAAGCGGAUCUCGGGGCCCAUCCCGGCCUGCGUCGCCACGUCGCUCCCGUACCUCCGCGUCCUGGAGCUCCCGGGGAACCGCCUCACGGGCGCCGUCCCGCCGCUGGGCGGCGGGCAGUCGCGCCUCGCCGUGCUCAACCUCGCCGGCAACCAGCUGUCCGGCGGCAUCCCGGCGUCGCUCACGUCGCUCACCGAGCUCAAGCACCUCGACCUCGCCGGCAACCGGCUCAGCGGGCGCGUGCCGCCGGACCUCGGCCGGCUCCGGAUGCUCAGCCGCGCGCUGCUGGCGCGCAACCGGCUGUCGGGCCCCAUCCCGGCGUCGGUGGCGUCGCUGCCCCGGCUCGCCGACCUCGACCUCUCCGAGAACCAGCUGACGGGCGCGAUCCCCGAGGGUCUGGGUGCCGGCCCCGGGAAUAGCGGCGUGCUCACGACGCUGUACCUCGGCGGGAACCGGCUGUCGGGCGGCGUCCCGGCGAGCCUGCUUCGGAGCGGCGGGCUCGGGAUGCUCAACCUCAGCCGGAACGCGCUGGGCGGCGGCGUCCCCGACGCGUUCACGCCGCGCUCCUACUUCAUGCUGCUGGACCUAUCGCGGAACCGGCUCACGGGCGGCGUGCCGCGGUCGCUGGCCUCGGCGGCGUACGUGGGCCACCUGGACCUCAGCCACAACCGGCUGUGCGGCACCAUCCCCGCCGGCCCGCCGUUCGACCGCCUCGGCGCCGAGUCGUUCGUCGGCAACAGCUGCCUCUGCGGUGGCCCGCUCGGCAAGUGCACGUGACACCCCUAGCCCGCCCAUACGCGGGAAGCAUGUAGACAUAUUCGUGCGGCUUGGUUAACAUGACAUGCAUCAUGAUGAUUUCGCGGU